UUGUUCUUCUAAAAAAUUAAUCGAAUCAAAGCGCGCGUUGAAUCGUAGGCUCGCGACAUAAUGCAUUAAAGUUAGUGAUAGGGUGAGAAAAGCACACGAGGAAAAGGUGUCACGCCCAGGUAAGCCGAACACGCGCGUUUCUUAUCGUCCUCGAAGCGCCGCUAUGAUACACCACGCAGGUUUGCAAGGGUAAGGGAGGGAGAGAACGUGACUACAACCUGAUGCUUCGAGCCCCGAUUAUAGAGCUAGACGUCGACGGUGCUUCGAGUGCUGUUAUUUACAUACGUGGAAAAUUAGAAGGAACAUCUAUGGGCCGUACACGGUGGUGGAGAGGAGGCUUGGAGCUGCUGAUGCUCUUCAUCCUCCAUCACGUAAUUCUCGGUGAUGGCGAUGUCGGCUGCCUAUUCAGUAAGAGUCUCUGCGAUCCUCGAACGGAGACAUGUUAUAACGACCUGGCGUUUGGUAGAUGUUUACCUUUAUACACUGAUCUAACCGAGGAGGACUAUUAUCAAUACAACUUUGACAUCGACGAAUUGGAACAAUUAAGACUGCAGUUGGAGAGGUUGCAAGGAGAUGGAUUCAAAUGGUCGCAUCCUUUCACACAAUGUAUUAUGCAAACGUCCUUGUACAAUUUACGCCAUGGAGAGAGUUACGACCUUCGACUCUGUCAGCAUCUGAAAACAAGAACGCAUUUUGAAAGCAAAAAUAAAAUUGAACAGGUACCUGCAAUAGCCAUAGUGAAAUUCACUCCCAACCAUGGUGGAUCCAAUACCCAAUUCGCCAACGAGUUGUAUUACCCUCCUGGAACACAGACAGAGUAUCUUGCUGAUUCUGUAUACAAUGAUCAGCUUCCUAGACAAUCAUACAGAGAACAGUCUAGAGAAACAGCUCCUCAAUUUUACAAACCAGAGUACAAUUCAAACUCCUACAAUGAAUACGAGUCCUUAACUAAAGAGAACUAUGGGGAGGAUGGAAACAAUUUAUUCCAGAAACCUUCAACUUUAAAUAGAAUUGAUGAGAGAUUAUAUAGAACCAGAAGACAGCCAUAUAAUCUGCGAGAUUAUAGCAACAGCGCGAUAGAGUCCAUAAGAAGCGCAUUAGAAAAUGAAAAGGAGCAAUCUAAAGACUUAACGAGGAAUAAAAAUCAAAAUAGGAUUGAUGAUCUAACAGCUAAUGAAUUAGAGUUCCUGAUAAAUGGAAAAUCUGAUGAUUAUCCUGUAGUUUCAAAAGAAACAGGAGAUCCUGAAGUCGAAUAUGACAAGGCAUUUUCAAGAAAGUACAAACCAAAGAAGUUUGUCGACCUCCCAGAUGAUAGUGAAAUUUUGUUGGAUAAUGUUAAACGUAAUUCAAAGAACGAUGAUUACGUGAAUGAUGAUUAUGAGGAUGUUAAUGUCAAUGGUGAAUCGAGUCAAAGAGAUACCACGUCGAGGGAGAAUGUAAUGUAUAGCGAAGGAGGUCUUAUACAGACUAAGGAUGAAUCCAACGAUGAUACAGAUGGUAAAUUUUUUUAUUAUAAUAGCUUGGUAAUUAAUGAGAUUGCAAUAUUGAAAAUAUCGAUCAAGUUACAAUCAUUUACAGAAAACGCAUACAACUUAUUCGACGACGACCUGAACGAACUCCUUUGGAGACGCGAAUUGGCUGGUUUUAAGAGACGAGAAAGACUGGACGUUAAGAAGCCAGGACCUCCGUUCUCCACAAACAACUACGCAUUCAAAAUACCAUCAACGUCUGGAUUGGAAGACGAGGAUCAGUCAGAUUCAACCGAAACCCAGCAAGAUAACGAAGUACUGCUAUCUUCAUUUGUGAAGAAAGAAGUGGGUGCUGGACAACAGGUAGAUGGUCCAAAAUCGUACGACAACGUUGAUCUGGAUCACGUUUACAUGGAGUUUCAGCAACCGUUUCACACGUGGUCAGAAGGCGAGCAUGUAGUGAAAGAGGUGGAAAAAUUACUGGAGCUAACACCUGGUGUGCUGAAAGACAUUCGAGUGGGUCGGGCUGAAGUAACGUUUAAAGUUACUAAAAAUAAUAAGAAUUAUAAUGUUACUGAUGUUCUUAGCAGUAUAGAUGACAUACGUGGAAAGUUGAAGAAGACACUGGGUGUUGAGGUGAUUCGUGCAGGCAUAGGUGACAAGACCAAACUGCCUGCAGCGUUGGAAGUUAGAAGCGAAUAUCAUAUGAGUUCUAGCAUGUUUGGAAUGAUAGUGGCUGCAGGAGUUGUAGCCGCUAUUGCAGCUGCAGCAAUAACAUUAUUCAUCGCUCGUCGUCAUGCUAAAUCCCGAGCCAAAUUAGCAGGAUUGGCUACGCCUGAUCCAGAAGCCUCAAAGGAUUAUCAGGAUUUAUGUAGAGCAAGAAUGCAAGCUAAACAACCGGCUGAGAAAGCAGAAUCUCCUCGUAUCACCAGCCUGAGUCGUGAAAGUGAAUCUAAUAAUUUGCCUUCGAAUCGCUCUAGUACUUCCUCUUGGGGAGAGGAACCUGCUCUUUCAAAUAUGGACAUAUCAACUGGACAGAUGGUUCUAAGUUACAUGGAGGAUCAUCUAAAAAAUAAAGACCGAUUAGAUGAAGAAUGGGCAGCGUUAUGCGCGUACGAGGUGGAUCCAUCGUCCACUGAAAUCGCACAAAGUGACGCAAACAUUAAAUGCAUUCGUCCUGGCGCAGCGCUUCCUUACGAUCAUUCCAGGGUGAUAUUAAAUGACCUCGCUAAUGCCAAUAACUCCGACUAUAUUAACGCUUCAACAAUCAAAUCGACGGAUCAUGAUCCUCGAAAUCCAGCUUACAUUGCUACACAAGGGCCAUUACCUCAGACAACGGCAGAUUUCUGGCAACUCGUUUGGGAACAAGGUAGCGUCGUCAUUGUUAUGCUAACUAGACUCACCGAGGAGGGUGUAGCUAUGUGCCAUCGUUAUUGGCCAGAAGAAGGAUCAGAAUUGUAUCACAUUUACGAAGUGCACCUUGUAUCUGAACACUUCUGGUGUGACGAUUAUUUGGUACGUUCCUUUUACUUGAAGAAUCUUCGCACCGGUGAAACCAGGACUGUAACGCAAUUCCAUUUCUUGUCCUGGCCUGAAAAUGGCGUGCCAAAUUCCACCAAGGCUCUCCUGGAAUUCCGCAGAAAAAUCAACAAGUCUUACAAAGGCAGAUCGUGUCCUAUAGUAGUGCAUUGCAGCGAUGGUGUUGGUCGUACUGGUACUUAUUGUUUAAUCGACAUGGUUUUGAAUCGUAUGAUGAAAGGGGCUAAGGAAAUUGAUAUAGCAGCUACACUAGAACAUAUACGAGAUCAAAGGCCUGACAUGGUUGCUACGAAACAGCAAUUUAAAUUUGUUCUGAUGGCCGUAGCGGAAGAAGUACACGCAAUUCUCAAGGCUUUACCCGUACCCCCCACGGAAAAAACUUCUCUUCUAGCGAGCACUUCAUCAACGAAGGAAGGCUAGUAUAAUUUCAAUUGAAUUCUAAACUGCAUUCGCGGCAAGCAAAAACAAAGUAUUAAUUACAGUCUAUCCAAAAAAAAAAAAUGGCCAAAUGUUUCUAAUCCAAGGUAGUCAUAUUUACAAAUCUAGAAUCACUAUCAAAUCUUUUAUUUUCUAUAGAAGUUUUCCCCUCGGAAUAUUUUUAAACAUAUUUUAAAAUGAUAGAAAGUGAUCACGAGCUGUUAACAGAUUUUACUCCAAUUAUGCUUCAACCCUGACUUUUUGGAACCCUGAGUUGAUAAAAAUAAAACAUAUGUACAAAUCACUGUUUUCUACGGAACAAUUCCUGCUGGCAAUCUGUAAUGUUUAUUGUGCAUUUUAUUUAUCUACGGCCUACUUAAAUAAUCAGGUGCAAGUAUAUACAUUCAAAAGACUGAGCUAUGCAAUUGUUGGAACUCUAAUUAUUGAUUUAUAAUCAAAUAAUUUAUAUUCUUGUAAAAUGAAAUAAUCUUUAUUUCAAUGAAAUUUAAAAUUAUAUUGCUUCAUAAUAAAAACGAAGGCUUAUUGCGGAUUAUGUAGCUCAGUCUUCAUGGUAUUUGUUCCAUUAUUAAUAACUUAUUUCAGCGAAAUUAAAGUUAUAUUGCCUCUUCUAAUGGAUGACUUCACUAACGUGCUUUACAAUAGCUUUAAACAAAAUAUCAAAUAUAUAUCGUGGAAUAAAGAAUAUAGUUCUAUCUGCUCAGUCAAUUUUAUCAGCUGCAUAUAACUUAGUGCUCAUGUUGAUUACGGUAUAUAAUUUCUUUCUUCAAUUAAUUUGUGUUUCUGAAAUGUUUCUGUUAAAAAGCACAAAAGUUGGAAUCACCAUUUUAGAGAUUGAAAUCAGAAUUUUUAUACUAUUGUUACACGUUCUAAAAAAACAUGAAUUUUAAUGAACGGCUAUGAAUGUUGUUUCCGUAAAAUGAAAUUUUAUUCGACGUAAAAUUUAACGUGGAAAGAUCGCAAGAAGCACUAUAUAUCAAUCUCUUUUCUACGUGUACAAAAAAGAUGAUCGAGCUGCACAAUAUCCAAAUUAUGAUUAAGUAUCAUAAUAAAAAAAAUUAUCAAUGUGAAAUACGAAAUAUAGUGUGGCUGCAAAAUGUAAACUUAAUGUUCUGAACAUCAUAUGAAAGUGUAUUAAGUUAACACACUUUCCAAGUGAAGUGUUUAAUUAUUAUAUCAUGAAAAUGAUAUUAGGUGGUACAUAAGAGAGAAAAAAAAAUGUAAACGUACAUGUUUGCACAAACUGUCGUGUCGAUAUGACGAUUUGUAAAUGGAGGUGCUGUCUUUAGUUUAAAAUUACAGCAUUGUUAGUCCUGUAUAUCCAGUCUCCCACAGGAUGAACAUAUUGCAUUUAAAGUUCCUUCCUUGUCAUUGUGCAGAACGAUUACUGUCAAUUAAUGUAUUCUCAUUUGUAUUUACAUUUCGGUAUUCAUUUUAUUAAAUUAAGGUUCGAGAUACAGUAACACAUUUAUUGGGUGCUGCAAAUAAUAAAAAUAGGUCAAACGAAACAAUUAAAGUCACAUAAUAAACAAUACCAAAUAGUUUAAUUCUUACCAGAAUCGAUGAAUACCAGAUACUUUGCACAUUUAAGUAUACGGGAAUUAAAAGUAUUAAUUGUAAUAGUUUCUAUCUUGUGCUGAAUUAAUACGAAUAACGUACUACGAAAGUUUGCUUGACCAACUGAUAAAUUUCAUUAAUCCUUUUUAGCACGAAUUAAUAUAACAGAUUCUAUAUUUUUAUGCAAAGGAUUGAAUCUAUAUAAAGUGAAAUAAUAUAUGAAUAUAUACUAUGUUACUCAAAAUGUAAUACUAUAUGUGUUAUAAUAUAAUAAAUCGCUCUAUGUUCAAAUCAUA